CAUAAACAUUUAUCGUAAUGUGUAUUAUAUAUACAUAUAUUUAUUAAAUGUGUCCUCGUGAAUUGCGCGCGAAUUUUUAUUUAUAUUAUUUUAUUUAAAUAAAUAAAUCAUUUUUAUUAAUUAUUGUCAUUAAAAAAAAAAUUGUUUAAAUAAAAUGACAAUUAAUUUAAAAAAAAAACAAUAACAACUUUUAGUUUUUUUUUAUUUUUAAAUUGUGGAAUCGAUGAUAAUACAGGAAAAAAAUAAGAGUUAAUGUGAACGCGUGAUUUACAACCUCGUGCUCAUUAGACUAGAAAAAAAUAAUUUGUGGAAAUUUUAAAAGUUAUUUACUUUUAAAUUAGGUAUUGUUGUUAUUGGUUGGAUUUAAUUGAUAAGAUUAUUUAGUAAUCUGAUAAAAUUUUUAAAUUUCGAAUUGAAGAUAAAUUUAUGGGAAUGAUAUUGUGAAUGUUAAAGAGUAAUUAACAUAAAUAAACAUAGAGAUGCCUGGAUAAUUAAUAGAGGGUCGGAGUAACUAGUCAGGGGGUUACUGUUUAGGUGGAGAGAUAACAUUGACCUCCCACGAGGCUUAGUGGUGGUAUAUAGCGCUGGUGGUGUGAACAACAAAAGGAGUAAAAUGGCAUGCCCAUUCUCACGUGCAUACACAAGUAGAAUGAACGAUGACGAUGAUGAGGAUGAUUGUGAUGAACGUGGGGAGAGUAGUGGGGCAAGUGUUGGAAGAAAGUAUAGCAAUGAUGGAAGACUUAAUAGCAAAAAUAAUAGGCUUAAAACUUGUAGACAAUCCUCUGUUCAAAUCACCUCCUCGUUGCUAGGAGAAGAGAUCGACGAUCAAGAAGACACUCAGACGCUUAAUCUUAAGCACCUCAGAGCUGCUGUGCUCAUACUUACCAAACCAUCGAAUGAAGUAAUAGCUGUCGCCUUAAGUGCUCUUUUGAGUCAGGGUGAAGUUCCACUUUCAACUUCCACGUCACUAGAGAAAUUACUUUAUAAUGUUGACUGCGAAGAGAACUACAAUUUGCUUGAGGACAUUUAUGAGACCCUAAACUACGAUUGCGAUAUAGAAGUGAAUGUGAUUUUGGACUACUUGGGUCAGGAAUUAAUUUCAACAGCCUGCGUUGGUCUACUCGAGCGUGCAUUUCGAUGUCUCGGAAAUGACCUGAAAGCAUUUCUAACGACACUCGACGGCGUGAAUGAUGUGGUACAACAUCAGUCUGGUACAAAUACAGAAGCUGAAUUUGUGUGUAUUGCAACUCCGGAUGCAGUCGAGCUUCAUUUUACGACUGAUCAUCCUUCCAUUGCUUAUUUACUUGUUGGCAGCCUCAAAGGCAUUGCACGACAAUUUUAUAAUGAUAAAGCUGAUGUUUAUAUUCUACCCGAUCCAUACAAUACUAAAUUCUUUAGGUAUCGUAUAACACCGGAACGUUAUGAAUAUUUGGGCACGACAUGUGACGAUAGCAGUGAGGCUGUGACAUCAGAAUCACGAAUAUUAUCCGAAAAAGCUGUUGACUUGCGAAUGGGAGUUGCAAGCUUUUGCAAAGCGUUUCCUUGGCAUUUUGUUGUGGACCGUCAGCUUGAAAUAGUGCAACUAGGGGUUGGAUUCAUGCGCAUCUUCGGUCACAAUCUCAAUAGACUUGGUCGUGAAAUAUCGACGUAUUUUGUAUUCACGCGACCUCGUGGUGUUACACUUACAUUUCAUGAGAUUUUAAAACGUGCGAAUACACCCUUUGUAUUGGCGCUGCAGAAACCACCGGGUGCUGAUAAAUUUCCGGCUGAGGGGCUGGAAUUGAAGGGUCAAAUGGUCUACUGUUCAGAAUCAGAUUCAAUUUUAUUUGUCAGUUCACCGUUUCUCAAUGGCCUAGACGGUCUCACAGGACGAGGUCUAUUUAUUUCGGACAUUCCGCUUCAUGAUGCCACUAGGGACGUAAUUUUAGUUGGCGAACAAGCUAGGGCUCAGGACGGGUUGAGACGACGUAUGGACAAAUUGAAAAGUUCUAUUGAAGAGGCUAACCGUGCUGUCGACGCUGAGAGAGAAAAAAAUGUUAGUUUACUACAUCUUAUAUUUCCACCUGAUAUUGCUAAACGUCUUUGGCUCGGCGAAACGAUCGAGGCAAAGACCUAUCCGGAUGUUACGAUGCUCUUCAGUGAUAUAGUAGGAUUUACCGCAAUAUGCUCUACCGCCACACCAAUGAUGGUUAUCAAUAUGCUACAGAACCUAUACGAACGUUUUGAUCAGUAUUGUGGUCAACUGGAUGUCUAUAAGGUUGAAACAAUAGGGGAUGCUUAUUGUGUUGCUUGUGGUUUGCACAGAAAUACGAGCACACAUGCGCAACAAAUUGCUUGGAUGGGUUUAAAAAUGAUACAGACAUGUUCUAAACAUUUAACGCACGAAGGAAAACCUAUUAAAAUGAGAAUUGGAAUUCAUACGGGAAUGGUAUUGGCUGGUGUAGUUGGUAAAAAAAUGCCAAGAUACUGUCUAUUUGGACACAAUGUCACGAUUGCUAAUAAAUUUGAAUCAACUAGUGAACCAUUACGAGUCAACGUCAGUCCAACAACGUAUGAACAUCUUAUUAAAACACCAGGAUUUAUAUUAGAAGAAAGAAGCCGAGAUAACCUUCCGAAAGAAAUUCCAUCAAGUGAACCAGGUACUUGUCAUUUUCUGAAUGGUUAUCGCCAUCCAGGCGUCGAUGAAAGUAACCCACUGGAUGCUCAUAUCCAAGCAGCCGUUACCGAGUAUGAUAUUACUUGUGGCAUGUAG